GGGAAGUGUAUAGGAAAGUGCGCUAGGAUUGUAUUAGGGAUUUUUCCUUUCUUGACCCUCGAAAAAUAUCAAGAGGACUAGUUGUUGCUAUCAAAACACCGGAUUGGCCAUGUCAGAAACAUACGAUUUCCUGUUUAAAUUCCUUGUAAUUGGUAAUGCGGGAACUGGAAAAUCCUGUCUUCUUCACCAGUUCAUUGAAAAGAGAUUCAAAGAUGAUUCUAACCAUACCAUUGGAGUGGAGUUUGGCUCCAAGAUCAUCAGCGUAGUCAACAAGUUUGUCAAACUACAGAUCUGGGACACUGCUGGACAGGAGAGGUUCAGAUCUGUGACCAGGAGCUACUAUCGGGGAGCAGCUGGAGCCUUGCUCGUCUAUGACAUCACCAGUCGGGAGACCUAUAAUGCACUUACCAACUGGCUGACAGAUGCCAGAAUGCUGGCCAGUCAAAACAUUGUCAUCAUUCUGUGUGGAAACAAGAAGGACCUGGAUGCUGAGAGGGAGGUCACCUUUCUGGAGGCUUCUCGGUUCGCCCAAGAGAACGAGCUUAUGUUUUUGGAGACCAGCGCUCUGACCGGGGAGAACGUAGAGGAGGCCUUCAUCCAGUGUGCCAGGAAGAUCCUCAACAAGAUAGAGUCAGGAGAGUUGGACCCGGAGCGGAUGGGUUCUGGGAUCCAGUACGGGGACGCGGCGCUGCGCCAGCUCCGCUCCCCACGCCGGGCUCAGCCACAGGGAGCCCAGGAGUGUGGUUGUUAGUGAGCAUGCUCAGUAACCAGCCUGGAGCACCUCCAAGGCAGGUUUGUGAAGACCAGGAGGACGAUGUGGGGAACAUAGCGUGGCUCACGUUCACAUAGCUCAUGGUGUUGAAGCAACUCUUCCCUGACCUUCCUUUGACCACCAUACGGACCGUUCUGGCCCUCGCUACUAGAGAUGACCCACACAGGCUUGUGGCCAUGCCCUCUCUGGAGCGCCGAGCCCCUCCCUGGACCCCUCCGACAGGCCUGAUACGAUCCACAAUCCAACAUACCCCCUCACGAAUGGACCAAACCCUCCAAUCAGCUGAUAUCUUACUGACUGCUGUCCUUUCUUUGACUUUCUGCAUCCUGCAUCUGUACAGGAUUACCUGUAAAAAGACCAGAUGGUUUACUCUUAAAGCAUGUUUUAUGGACUGAAGAAUAUCAAGUUAUUAAUUAUACACUAAGAAAUAAUCUAUAGAUUGUUAUAUUUACAUAUCACAUUUAUCAUGUUGUGUUCUGAUGAGAUACGGACCGGUCCUGCCUGAUAUGCACUGGCUCCUCUGACCUGCUGUUCCACUUAGUUGUUUAUUUAGUUCAUGUUGUUGUUGUUUAUUUUCUCCUUAUGUAUCAUGAUUUUUUAACUUAACUUAUUCUCACAUGUAUAUCUGCACUUUUUGAAAUAAAGUAUUAUAAAUGUA